AUUGGGGGGGUCCUCAAAUUAACAAAAAUACGGGUCCGGGACCUCUUCCAGCCCAACCUACCUUAACACAUCAAAAAUCCUACAAAAAAAACUUCUAAUAUUCGUUUGAUUGUCAUCUCAGAAGAUCUGAGUCUGUACUCGAUUGAGAUAACACAUAGAACAUAUAGAACAUCAUGGAUACAACAUAUAGAACAUCAUUGCCGGGAGAUUCAAAGUUUGUACAGUACCGCAAUUCACGAGGUGAGCAUGGAGUAGGUAGAUCCACGAUGCCCGUUGCCGGAAAUUUCUCCAUCACAGACAACUUCACCGUCGAGGUCAACCUUCAGCGGCGGCCGUUGCGGUUAAGCUUCAACGGCGGCCAACGAGAUGGGGCAGAUCCACGAUGCUCGAUCCCGGACCCAAUUACAGUUCAAAUUGGAUACCCAUUACCUCAACAAAACCUAAUAUUCGAUUAUAGUAGGGUCAGAUUAUUUAUUUCAAAACACUUUUUAAUUAAAACAUAAUGACAAUUAGGAAAAAAAAAAAAAAAAGCAACCUGUGAUCACCGGUCAAACACCGGGCUCCAAAAUUGGAGCCCGAUUUUCGGGCUCCAUGUUAGCCGAACCCUGUAUAAUAAUCUCCCAAAACAAAGUAUUCCUUAUUUUCUAUGUUUGUUCUCCCUGAGUUUUCAUGUCUUCCAUUUCCAUUUCCUUUCCAUGAUUCUUAACGUACACCAAUCUCGAAGGUUUCCUUCCACUCCCAAUAUUCUCACCCUUUCUUCCUCCAUCUUCAUCUCCAAUAUGGUUUCUUCUUCAACCAUCCAAUGCAGUCCCCUUCCUUUCGUUUUCGGCUCUGCAUCAUGGACUCUCAUUCCGCUGCUGCUCCGCUUCUGCUUCUUCUACUCUUCCUCUUCCUCUCUUCAACUCCUUCAUUCUCCUCCACCGACAAUUUCCACCAAGCAUCCUUCCCCAUUGUGGAACCUGAUUCUGGUCAUACCAAACUUCGUCUUUCAAGAGAAGGGUUGGAGGUUAUUCAGAGAAUAACCAACCCCAUUGCAGCUGUCGCGGUGAUUGGGCCGUAUCGUUCUGGAAAAUCUUUUUUGCUUAAUCAGCUGCUCUCUCUUUCUUGCUAUGAAGGAUUUGGUGUUGGGCACAUGCGUGACACCAAGACAAAAGGAAUAUGGGUUUGGGGAACACCUAUAGAGUUGGAUAUCGACGGAGUAAGAACUUCUGUCUUUUACCUUGAUACGGAAGGAUUUGAAAGUGUUGGGAAGUCUAAUGUCUAUGAUGAUCGGAUAUUUGCUCUUGCAACUGUCAUGAGUUCUGUGCUUAUAUAUAAUUUGCCUGAGACGAUACGUGAAGCUGAUAUCUCUCGACUCUCAUUUGCAGUUGAGCUUGCUGAAGAAUUUUAUGGGAGAGUGAAGGGCCAAGAUGUGGCAUUUGAACCUGCUAAGCUCUUGUGGCUUAUUCAACGUGAUUUUCUACAAGGUAAAUCAGUGCAAGAAAUGGUGAAUGAAGCUCUUCGACGAGUCCCAAAUAUUAAUGGGGACAAAAGUAUUGACUUGGUCAAUCAAAUCCGGGACUCAUUGGCUAUUAUGGGUGACAAUAGCACUGCCUUUAGUUUACCACAACCACAUCUCCAGCGGACAAAGCUUUGUGAUAUGAAGGAUGUUGAACUUGAUGAAUUAUAUGUUAAGAGAAGGGAGCAAUUGAAGGAGCUUGUUGCUAGUAUGAUCUCUCCAAAGAUUGUACAGGGAAAGACUUUAAAUGGGAAGGAGUUUGUAUCCUUCCUGGAGCAGAUACUUGAAGCCUUAAACAAAGGAGAGAUUCCAUCAACAGGUUCUCUUGUGGAGGUUUUCAAUAAGGGUAUUCUUGAGAGAUGUCUUAAGUUGUACAGUGAAAAAAUGGCAACUUUGGGUCUACCUCUUCCUGAGGAAUCUCUGCAAGAAGCCCAUGAUAGGUCUAGUGAUGAAGUCAGGCAAGCCUUUGAUCAGCAACAUUUUGGCCAUCACCAUGCUAAUAGAUCAAUCCUGCAGCUGGAUGAAGAAAUACAAAAGAUACAUAAUAAUGUGAUUUUGCAAAAUGAGUAUCAAUCUUCAAAGCUCUGCGAGGCUGCAUACACCAGAUGUGAGGACAAAAUGGAUCAGCUUCAAGUUCUCAGGCUUCCUUCCUUGGCGAAAUUCAAUGCAGGUUCCCUGCAAUGUUAUCACAGUAUUGAGAAUGAAUGUGUUGGACCUGCAAAAACAAAUUACCAGCAACGCAUGAUGAAGAUGUUGAGGAAGUCUCGGUCUCAAUUUAUAAAGGAGUACAACCGCAGGCUUUUCAAUUGGUUGGUGGCCUUCUCCCUGGUUAUGGUUGUAAUUGGGCGCUUUAUUAUAAAGUUCGUUUUGAUUGAAAUUGGAGCAUGGAUACUCUUUAUAUUUCUGGAGACCUACACUAGGAUGUUUUGGUCAGCAGAGUCACUUUACUUUAACCCAGUUUGGCAUUUUAUUGUUGCUACUUGGGAAACUCUUGUUUACAGCCCAAUCCUUGAUCUUGACAGAUGGGCAAUUCCCCUUGGUGUAAUACUGUCAUUGCUCUUCCUUUAUUGGCGGUGUUAUGGGAAAAUGAACUAUGGAUCCCAGUGGACAUUGCCUUUAUACAGCAGCAAUAAGAAUGGUCCAAAUCGACCAAGAACAGACUAAAUCUAUGGUGUUGCAAGCAUGCUUUGGAAAUCUGGCACAUGCUUUGGUGACUAGAUCUAUGGUGUUGCAAGCAUCCUUUUCAUCUUAAAAGGUUAUUUUACAGAGUGUAAAAAUGUCUUCUGAGGGUGAUUGGUUCACCUCUCCCUGCAGCUUCUACAGCUUCAGCACCUCCAAAACUGUUCUUUGUUGCCAAAUGGCAUUAUCUAUUGAUUUAUUUUUACUAGGGUAUUACUUCAAUUACUUUAUUACUUAUGUAGGAUUUGAGAGUAACUUGGUAUAUGGACUUGUAAACGGGUCAAUUUAAAGAAAGGGAAUAGAGGUUGAUUGUUUGUUCA